AAAUGGUAGUGUUUAAAUGUAACCCUCAGUAGUCAUUUAUGUCCAAUACAAAAGUGCCGAGCCUUUUCAUUUUAAAUGUCCAAAACCCAGAAGUAUUUUAUAUCGACGAUGAUUUAAUCACAAAUCGAUGUAAUGUAUUAUUUCAAUAAGUACAGAAUCGCGUGCAAGUACUCUGCCCUUAUAAGCGCAACUAUCACAUUGAUUUUAGUGUAUCUAUCAAAAAAUAAGCCGACAAACGAACUCUACAUAAUCCGCUGGAAUUUGACCGAAGACAUAUCCUGCCAUGCCAAUGAGGAAGGAGACGCACUGGCCAGCGUUGACGAUACGUUCAGACCGCCGGAGAAAUCUAUAUUUUUCGUGGAAACGUCCUGUAGAGGAGGAUUGACUUCUAGACAAGCAUGUGCUGUUGAAUCAGCAGCAAAAUCCAACCCUCAUUGGGACGUGCACGUGUUAUUCAGUGGUUCAGUAUCUGACCCGGUACUGCGAAGGAGUUGUCUCUCAAAGUUGGUCGAUUACAAGAAUGUGAAGUUACUUAGGAUCCAUAUAGCAGAUUAUGCGAGAGGGACCCCUCUGGAGAAUAUGGUGGCAGCGAGCCCCUAUAAGAAGAGCAAGUGGCGUAUAGAACACAGUUCAGACGUUUUGAGAUAUCUCACGCUUUUCAAGUACGGUGGAGUGUACAUGGACUCUGAUGUAGUGGUGGUGAAGUCUUUGGACUCUUUGGGCAGCAAUUUUGCGGGGAGGGAAAGUGAGAAAUGGGUGGCAGCAGGAGUUCUAUCUUUUUCUAGAGACGAUUUAGGAAGGCAGAUCGCAAAUGCAACUAUUGAGGAUUUUAGAAAAAAUUACAGACCUAAGGUGUGGGGUAACAAUGGACCCGGUGUUAUAACACGGGUAUUGAAACAAAUGUGCAAGGCUAAAGGGAAGGAAUGGAACAGAGGGUGUAAUGGUUUUACAGUGUACGAACCAGAAGUAUUUUAUCCCGUCUUCUAUAAACAGAACAAAAUGUACUUCAAAGCUGGUGCCAAAAUACCAAACAGAAGGAAGACCUAUGUUCACCAUUUAUGGAAUGCUCUCACUCGGAAAUAUAAAGUACAAAAGAAUUCGCCGUAUGAUAUAUUGGCAAAAGAACACUGUCCGUCUAUCUACACAUUGUAUGGUGAUCAUUUUGGUACAUAAACUGUUAUUUAUUGCGAACAUUUUUUUGUUAUUUAAUGAGAACACUUGGAGCAGAGG